GGAAUCACAAUUAGUGAGUGCUAGGCUAGGGGGCAGAGGCAGAACAAAAGAUAGUGAGUGACGCGGGGGGGGGGCAGGGAGAAGUCCUCUUACGAUAUAAAAUGGCAGUAAAUUAUCUCUUAUCUCUACGAAUGAUUUCCUCCUUCUUUUUCUUCUUCUUCUUCUUCUUCUUGUUCUAUAGACUCAAUUGAAUCAAUUGUAUCAAACAUGGGUAACAAACCUUCCAAAUCAGACUCUGUGAGUCAAACUACUACUGCUUCUUCCCGUUCUGAAGAAUCACUUAACGAAAAAUACGCUUACAACGCUGCUGCUGAUAAGGGUAACAAAAGUCAACUUGCUGAUUAUGUUCACUUAUUAGGUGGUUUAAAGAUCACUGAUGAAGAUGAAGAAGGUGAAGUUCCACCAGGUAAUCCUCUUUCCAAUAAUGUUUACUCUAAUUGGCAAUCAAGCUUCACUGCUGAUAAGAGAAUGUUAUUAGCUCAAUCUGCUUUAGCCCAUAACACCAUUGAAUCAGUUGUGGCCAAAUCAGAUCUUGAAACUGUGGUUAAAGAUCAAUAUUUAUUCAAUGUUACCGUUGAUACUAUUGGAUCUCCAUCAUUUUUCAAUAAUCAAAAACUGUCAGGUAGAUGCUGGAUAUUUGCCUCUUCAAAUGUGUUUAGAACUCAUGUUAUUAAGAAUUAUAAUUUAUCGCCUGAUAAAUUUCAAGUUUCCCAAUCUUAUUUAUUCUUUUAUGAUAAAUUAGAAAAGGCUUACUUCUUUUUAGAAAAUAUCAUUGAUACUUUUGAAGAUGAAUUAGAUUCAAGAUUGAUUCAUUAUUUAUUACAAAGUCCAGUUGGUGAUGGUGGUCAAUGGGAUAUGAUUGUUAAUUUAGUUAAUAAAUAUGGUUUAGUUCCUCAAGAAUUCUUCCCUGAUAAUGCUCAAGCUAUAAGUUCAAGUGCUUUGAAUUAUAUUUUAACUGAAAAAUUACGUGAAUUUGCUUUAAUUUUAAGAAGCAUGUUAAAAGAAGGUGCUUCUUUACCAGCUGUUGGUCUUGUUAAAUUCGUUAUGAUUGCAGUUAUUUAUAAUAUCAUUUCUGUUGCUUUAGGUACUCCUCCAACUGCUGACACUCCUUUUACUUGGGAAUUUAUUGAUAAAGAUGGUAAUUAUAAAUCAUUUGAAACUACUCCAUUAAAUUUCUAUAAAGAUCAUGUUAGAUUUAAUGCUGAACAAAACUUCUCCUUAAUUCAUGAUCCAAGAAAUGAUUAUGAUAAAUUAUACACGGUUGAUAGAUUAAAUAACAUUUCUGGUGGUAAACCAAUUGAAUAUGUCAAUACUGAAAUUGAUGAUAUUAAAAAGGUGGCUAUUAAAAUGUUAAAAGAUAAUGAACCAAUCUUUUUCGGUUCAGAUGUAGGUAAAUUCGGUAAUAGAGUUACCGGAAUUUUAGAUACUACAGCUUACGAUUAUGAAUUAGCAUUUGGAGUUGGUUUAGAUAUUCAAAAAGCUGAUAGAUUAAAGACUGGUUCUUCUCAAAUGACUCAUGCUAUGGUUAUUACUGGGGUUCAUUUAGAUCCAAAAACAGGUAAACCAAUCAGAUGGAAGAUUGAAAACUCUUGGGGUGACGAAGUUGGUGAAAAGGGUUAUUUCAUGAUGACUGAUGAAUGGUUUAAUGAAUAUGUUUUCCAAAUUGUUACUAGUAAGAAAUAUGCUACUAAGAAGAGUUAUGAAGUUUGGAAAUCAAAGGAUUAUGUCGUUUUACCAUAUUAUGAUCCAAUGGGUGCUUUAGCUUAAGCUUGAGCUGUUUUUACUUUUUAUUUCUUUAUGUGUGAUGUAUAGUUAUUUUCACUAUAGUUCUUUAAUUAGGAUAUUUUUAUAACCUACAAUGUUUUCAAUUCAUGUCAAUCCAAUUUUAUAAUUUACUAACUACUGUAAUAAGCUGUCGAAUUUUCAUUCGUAUUUUAGAGAUUUUUCUGGAAACUGGCUCCAAUGUCGUUACCGGUUAAGGUGAACAUGACCUUAAAACGUUUGUAAGCCAUGUUGCAAAUCAUGAUUUGUUCCGUGGUAUUAGUAUUUCCAAUCUACGACAAGCUGAG